AUGCCGCUACUGCUGCUCUUCGCAGGCGCGCUGCUGCCCGUCGCCAGCGCCUGCACCAUGGUCGCCGUCGGCCGCAACGCGACCGUCGACGGCUCGACGCUCGUUGCGCACACGGACGACGCGGGAUUUGGUGCCGCUGACCUGCGCAUGGUGCGCGUGCCAGCGCAGGACCACGAGGAAGGUGCUAUGCGGCACGUGUACAACGUGCAGCCAGGUUACCCGCGGCUUGUGACGACCCAGCGAGGACCCGAGUACCGGCCUAAGGACGAGCACGAGCAGCUCAUGACGCCGUUGGGUGAGAUCCCGCAGGUGCCACACACGUACGGCUAUUUCGACCAGGACUAUGGCUUCAUGAACGAGGUGCAGCUCAGCAUCGGAGAGAGCACGAGCGGCGCCAGGACGGUGGGCUGGCCGACGGACGCUGGCCCACACGGAUACAAUAUCUUCGGCAUUGGCGAGCUCACAAAAGUCGCGCUUGAGCGCUGCGACUCGGCUCGCUGUGCAAUUCAAACCAUGGGCGACUUGGCUUAUGUGAGCGCGGCCGAGACGCUGGGAAUCGCUGACCGCUACGGAGAAGUGUGGGUCUUUCACGUGCUGACUGGUCCACAGAAUGCUAGUGCGGUGUGGGCCGCGCAGCGUGUGCUUGAUACUCACGUUGUGGUGGUAGCCAACGGCUUUGUGAUUCGUGAGAUGGAUCUGGACGACCCGGAUCGCUUCCUGGCCUCGGGCAAUGUGUUGACAUUCGCUGAAGAGAUGGGGUGGUGGAAGCCGAAGCAAGGACCGUUUGACUUCACCGCCGCCUACGCAUCCCCGACUCCGGAUCCAGUGCGCGCGUUGUACAUGGGCCGUCGCAUGUGGCGCGUGUUCGAUCUGGUGGCGCCGUCGUUGCAGCUGGACCCCCGUCUUGGACACUAUCCAGAGUUUCCGACGUAUCCGUUUUCAGUCGAACCAGAUCGGAAUCUCGACGUCUUGGACGUGACACGCUUGCUGCGCGACUACUUUCAGGGCACGCCAUACGACUUGUCCAAGGGUCUCGCAGCAGGGCCGUUUGGUAUGCCGAUGCGUUGGGGAGGCGAUGAAAAAGGCGUCGUAGGUGGCUGGGAACGACCGAUCUCCAUGUACCGCACCGUCUUCAGUUUCGUGCUGCAGGCACGAGCUCACCUUCCCGAUGCAGUAGGCGGCGUGGCUUGGUAUGGACAGAGCUCACCGCAUGCCUCGGUAUACGUGCCUUUCUCCUGCGCACAGGAAGAAGUGCCGUUGGCGUACGUCCUCGGCAAGGAAAGCGAGUUUACACACGGUUCGGCAUGGUGGGCCUUCAGUUUCGUCAACAAUUGGAGUAUGAUACGCUUUGACGCUAUCAGCAGGGACAUCCGCGCGCGCAUUGCUGAGUUGCAGAAGGCUUGCUUCGCAGAGCGCAAGAUGAUGGAGCAUCACGUCAUUCACACGGACACAAUGACUGCAUCUGAAGUGCGCGCUUAUCUUCAGGGGCAGUCGAACCGAUUGGCGUCGCGUGUUGUUGACGAGUGGUGGACUUUUGCUUGGAAACUUGUGGGUAAAUUCACGGACGGGUAUAUCACGACAGGAGAGGCUCCGGAGGAAAUGGAGAUGCCUGGUUACCCGGAGUGGUGGCUCAAGCUUAGUGAAUUCUCCAAAUGGCCAGGUGAAACGCUGGUGCCGCCGCACGUUCCAGAGUUGCAGAAGCAGUUUGAGCUGUUUGAAAGCCGCCAGAAUGUGAGUGCUGGCCUCGUGGUGCAGCAGUCUGCUGGUAGCGACAGCACAACGACAUUGAGCAGUGUUUCAAUCGUUCAAGUGGGUCUCGGUGCACUUGUCGGGGCUAUUGUUGGUGCUUCAGCUACCUGGCUUGUUGCAGAACGUCAACGUCGGUCAGGAUAUCGGUCCAUUGCGUAA